AUGAUCCACUCGACACAGAUCGCCCGCCUCGACGGGCUCAUGCUCUGCGCGUCCGUCGACGACGAGAGCAACAACACGGCCUCCGCGGCCCUCGCCGAAGUCAAGUCGCAGGUCAAGCUGAUCCUGCGCCGCCUCAACCGCAACGCCGAGCCCCAGGCCUCCAUCGAGGUCUCGGCGCACCCCUUUGCCAUCCACUACACCAUCGCCGACGACGUCGUGUACCUGUGCGUCUGCGACCGCGCCUACCCCCGCAAGCUCGCCUUCACCUACCUCGCCGACAUCGCCCGCGAGUUUGCCAGCACGUACCCCGUCGCCCAGCGCACCAGCCCGACGCUGCGGCCCUAUGCGUUUAUGGAGUUUGACACGUUCAUCCAGCGCACCAAGCAGACGUACGGCGACGCCCGCGCCGCCCAGAACCUCGACAAGCUCAACGACGAGCUGCGCGACGUCACGCAGGUCAUGACCAAGAACAUCGAGGACCUGCUGUACCGCGGCGACUCGCUCGAGCGCAUGGGCGAGCUGAGCAGCCGCCUGCGCGACGACAGCAAAAAGUACCGCCGCGCCGCCGUGCGCAUCAACUGGGAGCUGAUGCUGAAGCAGUACGGGCCCUUUGCGGGGCUGGGCUUCUUUGUCCUGUUUUUCCUCUGGUGGCGGUUUUUCUAA